AUGGGGUUAGCCGGUACAAGAAUAAAGCAAAGAUUUGGUUUAGAUCCAAGAAACACGAAUUGGAGUAAUGACACAUCAAGAUUCGGUCAUAAACAAUUAGAAAAAUUUGGCUGGACCCCAGGUGAUGGUCUUGGUACCAAUCCAAGAGUUUCCAGUACAGCUCAUAUUAAAGUGACGAUUAAAGAUGAUAAUUUAGGGUUAGGUGCUAAGAUUAAAAGAAAGGAAAGAGCAGAUGAAUUUGAUAAUGGUGAAUGUGCUGGUUUAGAUGUCUUUCAAAGAAUUUUAGGUAGAUUAAAUGGUAAAGAAGAAGAAAUAUCAAAUGAAUUAGAAAAACAAAGAAAGGAUAAGAUACUCAACGGUAAAUGGGGGGUACACUUUGUGAAAGGUGACACUUUAUCCAGUACAUGGGAUCCAGAAACUAAAAAAUUGAAAUCCUAUUCAAACGUAAAACGUAACAGAGAAGAAAUGGAACCUGAGGAUAAGUCAACUAGUGAAAAAUCUGAUAUAAAUGAAGAUGAACAAUCGAGUAAAAAGAGAAGAAAGAAGGAGAAGAAGGAGAAGAAGAAAGAAAAGAAGCAGAAAAAAGAAUCUAAAGUGAAGAAAAGUAAAGAAGAAAAGAAAGAAUCAAAAUUGAAGAAUAAAGACAAGAAGAAAGAAAAAAAGGUGAAAAAGAGUAAGGAGGAAAAGGAAGUAAAAAUGUCAGACAAAAAAUCCAAAAAGAAUGAAAAGGACAAAAAAUCAAAUGAUAGUAAGGUUAAUGUUAUUGAAGCAUCAAAAACUGCUUCAAAAGUACCAAGUAAUGUCUCAACAAGAUUAUCUGUAAGGUCGAAAUGGAUUAAACAAAAAAGAGCUGCUGUCAUGGAUGCCAAGGCAUUAAAUGAGAUCUUUAUGGUUACCAAUAAUUAA